CCGUCGAGUGAUUCUGAUCCUUAUAAUACGGCGCCGUUUAGUCCUCGUAAGAUUUUGAUCCUUUUCCAGUUUUGUUGACUGAUGGAAGGAGACUAUCGGCGUCGCUACGUCGGUCUUCUUCAGUCAUGCAGCAACAGAGAAACUCUAUGGCGCCAAACCCACGGAUUCUUCCUCAAGAAGGGCUUCCUCAGCUCAAUCGUCAUCGUCGCUAACCACCUCCUCCAAAUAUACACGCGCUGCGGAAGAAUGAACAAUGCACGGAACCUGCUCGACGAAAUGCCUGAGAGAAACAUUUUCUCAUUUAACACAAUGCUCGAAGGCUACAUGAACUCUGGGGAUAAAGGGUCUUCUCUAAACCUCUUUAACACGAUGCCAGAGAGAGAUUCGUACUCUUGGAACGUGGUUGUUUCCGGUUUCGCUAAAGCCGGCGAGCUAGGUCUUGCUAGGAGGUUGUUCGACGCUAUGCCUGAGAAAGACGUUAAGACGUUGAACUCUCUGCUUCACGGUUAUAUUCAAAACGGUUACGCUGAGGAAAGUCUGAGACUUUUUAAAGAAGUGAGAUUGAGAGCUGAUGUUGUUACAUUGACGACUGUUUUAAAGGCUUGUGCAAAGUUGGAAGCUUUAGAAUGUGGGAAGGAGAUACAUGCGAGGGUUUUGAUCGGUGGUGUUGAAUAUGAUUACGUGCUGAAUAGUGCUUUGGUUAAUUUGUAUGCAAAGUGUGGUGAUUUGAGAAUGGCUAGCGGUAUGGUGGAUCGUGUCGGGGAGCCUGAUGACCAUUCUCUAUCUGCUUUGAUCUCGGGUUACGCUAGUUGUGGGAGUGUGGAUGAGGCUAGAGCACUCUUCGAUAGGAGAAGGAACAGAUGUGUGUUUCUCUGGAACUCUAUGAUCUCUGGUUAUGUUGCCAACAAUAUGGAAACGCAGGCCUUGGUUCUUUUCAAGGAGAUGAGGAAUGAAGCUCAGGAAGAUUCGCGUACUCUGGCAGCUGUUGUAAAUGCUUGCAGCGGUUUGGGUAUUAUAGAGACUGGGAAACAGUUUCACUGCCAUGCUUAUAAAUUUGGGUUAGGUGAUGACAUUGUUGUAGCUAGCACGUUGCUUGACAUGUACUCCACGUGUGGGAGCCCGGACGAAGCUUGCAAACUUUUCAGCGAGGUCAAAAGCUAUGACACUAUCUUACUGAACUCUAUGAUCAAAGUAUAUUUCAGCUGCGGAAGAGUUGAAGAUGCAAAAAAGGUAUUUGAGAGGAUUGAGAGAAAGAGUUUGAUUUCUUGGAACUCAAUGACUGUAGGAUUCAGUCAAAACGGUUGUCCAGGCGAUACGUUAGAGUACUUCCGCCAAAUGCACAAGCUGGAUUUGCCUACGGAUAAGUUUAGCCUCUCCAGCGUCAUCAGCGCGUGCGCAAGCGUUUCGUCUCUCGAACUGGGCGAGCAGGUUUUCGCGAGGGCGACUAUUGUUGGUCUUGACUCUGAUCAGAUAGUAUCAUCCUCUCUCAUCGACCUCUACUGCAAAUGCGGAUCAGUGGAGCAUGGGAGGAGAGUGUUUGACACAACGGUGAAAUCAGAUGAAGUACCGUGGAACUCGAUGAUAUCAGGUUAUGCUACGAAUGGUUAUGGUUCUGAAGCGAUUGAGCUGUUCAAGAAAAUGAGUGUAAGACCCACUCGGAUCACCUUUAUGGCUGUUCUGACAGCGUGUAAUUACUGUGGUUUGGUGGAAGAGGGAAGGAAACUGUUCGAGGCAAUGAAGUUGGAUAAUGGUUUUGUUCCAGACAGGGAGCAUUAUUCAAGUAUGGUCGACCUUUUGGCUCGCGCUGGCUAUUUGGAAGAAGCUAUGGAUCUUGUGGAAGAGAUGCCUUUGGAGGCGGAUGCGAGCAUGUGGUCGUCUGUUCUAAGAGGAUGUGUAGCGAAUGGAGACAAAGCCAUGGGAAAGAAAGUUGCUGAGAAGAUUAUAGAGCUGGAACCGGAGAACUCAGUAGCUUAUGUGCAGUUGUCCGCCAUAUUUGCAACUUCUGGAGAUUGGGAAAGCUCAGCGCUUGUAAGAAAACUGAUGAGAGAGAAGCAUGUAAAUAAGAGUCCAGGUUCCAGUUGGGCUGAGUGUUGAUUACUCAAAUUUGAAUGUGAAUAAUACCAAUUAGAAGAUGAACAACAAGCCAAGUUUGAGUCAGAGGAAAUGCUUCAAAUGGAUUGGGAAAAAUUGCAUUAAAACAAAACUGCUUAUUGACGUUUGGUGAACAUAAGCUAAACGUCUUCUGUCAUAGUUCCUGUCUGGCCCAUUAAGUAAUUAUUUGCUUCUGGUCCUUGGUUUCUGCAUUGGACUUAUUGCACCAAGGACUACCAUGAUCUAUACAUUUGAAGCAGAGGAUAUAAGAUGGAAUAAUCCUUCACUUCAAAAAAGAAUCUCAAAUCAACAACCAUUAGAGGAAUCUCCAGGAAUAAGAACAUUGGUUGAAGGGAUUUUAAUCUGAGACACAAAACUCAAGAUCGCUAUCCUCUUUGGUUUUCUUGUCCAAGUAAAAAUAGUAGUUGUUGACUUUAAAGUCUGAGUGCAUCAUGUGAGUCACCCAAUCUUUUUGAGUGGACCAAAGUGGUAAGCAUAAGGGUUGUUUCAAAAAUAGUGUUUUGAAGAUAUCUUUUGUUGUUCAACAUUUAAGGUGGGAGAGGUUGAGGCCAUCACAUGUUCCACUAAGUAAUGUUCUUUGUAGGAAAAGCACUUUGGCAUAACUCUAUUUUUCUUGUUGGUGUUGUAAACGAAAAUAGAAGUAAAAUAGAGAGCGAGAGGAUGAUGGAGUUAACAAGGAACACAAAAUGUGGAAUAC